UACUUGGUGAUAACUGAUAAGGACGGAAUGCAUUCUAAACGACUAAUUAAACGCAGAACAAAGUCGGUAAUUGAUGCAGUUGUCAGCGACUGGUUCGUAUCGCCAACGACUUUCCCUUCCAACGAGGCAACAACCCGAUCGAUCCCUUCACAUUUGGUUACUGAAUCAGAGAUUUAGCGAUCGCGUCGUCGUGGAAGAUGAGGAAGCAGAGAUCGAAAGCGUACGACUGGCCAACGUGCUGAUGCUCCUCUCGCGCGGCGGCGAAGGGAUCAUCGACGUGUCCGCCGGCCGGUCGGCGUCCCCCGACCGGGUCUUCGAGUGCAAGACCUGCAACCGGCAGUUCUCCUCUUUCCAGGCGCUGGGCGGCCACCGGGCGAGCCACAAGAAGCCGAGGCUGUCCGACGACGCCCGCGGCGGCGAGGUCGGGAAGCCCAGGGCGCACGAGUGCUCUGUCUGUGGCCUCGAGUUCGCCAUCGGCCAAGCCCUGGGCGGCCACAUGAGGCGCCACCGGACCGGCCUCGCGGCGGCCGCCGCCGCGAGGUUCGACGCCGAGAAGAAGGCGGAGGAGAGGUUGAGGGGCUUGUGGUUGGACCUCAACGUGCCUCCGGCUGACGGCGAGGGCGGCGCUGUGACAAAUUUUUUGAGUUUGAGAGUUUAGAUUCGAUCGAUCGGGUCCAACGGCGUUAGAUUCUUUCCAUGGAGAUGGAGCUUGAUUUUUAUGCUCGUGAGAUUUAAUUUGUUGCUGCACUGGAUGACUGCGAUUGGAAGUUUGGAAAAUCUUUGGAUCAUAAGAUAUGUAAUUAUUAUUUUGAA